GGGAACACGAACGCCGCCACGUGGUCGCCAUGCCGUGGAACAGGGUAAGGGUACUGGUGCAGCUGGUGCUGGUGGUGCACGGAUCGCUGCUCGUCCUUGUUGCUGGAAAAUCCAUUCCACGAGUGAUCGACCAGGACUUGGAGAGAUACGAGCCCCUCGAACAGGAGGAUCAUCAGGGUGCAAGGGUCCCUUUCAACCUGGAGGAGACUUACGAUCAAAGCUUCCGGCCGAACAAUUUCAACGGUAGCUGGAAAACGGACAGGGAGAUCCUUUAUUCGGAUAACUACGUGGGCGAUAUUCGACUGUUCGAUGUGACGAGCGGAAUCAGCACCGUUCUCCUCGAUUCCUCCGUCACGGCCGAUUUCGAUAAAGCGACCGUAAUGUUUUCUUUCGACAAUUCCCACGUUGCCAUUGGCCACGACUACGUAAACGCAUUUCGAUACUCGAUAUACCAAAAGUGCACCGUGUACAACAUUAAAUCCAGAACGUUCACGGAUAUCGCGAAUGGCGAUCGAAUACCUCUGUUCAAAUGGUCGCCCACGAGGAACGCUUUGAUCUACGUUCACAAGAACGAUAUCUAUUAUCAGGUGUUCCUCGAGGGUGGCAGCCACGUGCGAAGAAUAACCAACACCGGCGUGCCGGACGUCGUCUUCAACGGGAUACCCGACUGGGUUUACGAAGAAGAGGUGCUGGCUUCGCCUGUCGCGUUCUGGGUCUCGCCCGAUGGCCAACAUCUCGCCUUCGCCACGUUCAACGACACCGGCGUGCACGAUGUCGUAAUAUCCAGAUACGGCCCCCCUGGAAACUUGAAGUAUCAAUACCCGGAGGAGGUGAAGAUAAAAUAUCCAAAGGCGGGCACUACGAACCCACUCGUGUCCCUGAGCAUGAUCGACUUGCACGAUCCCUCCUCGAAGUCGAUCGAUCUUGGGCCGCCUGUCGAUGUCGUUGGAGCAGACAACGUUCUUUACACCGCGAACUGGAGGAGGGACGGGGAGUUUGUGGCGACGUGGACGAACAGGGUGCAGAACAAGGCUGAAAUAGUGGUCUACGACACGAAGGGUAACGCUAAUAAUAUUUAUUACGAGGAGGAGACCGAGGGUUGGCUUCGUAUCCAACCGCCCCUCUAUCACAACCAAUAUGUGAUCAUUGUGAAGCUUCAAGACUCGGGAACGAAGGCGGGACGGUUCCUGCACGCGACCAGGUUCGAGUAUAAGAACGGUGUGCUACGAGGCGAGACCGAUUUGACCCCAGGAACGAGGGAAGUCGUCUCCCUGUUGCUCGUCGACCACGCGAGGAGCACGCUCUAUUAUCUCGGCACGGAGCUCGAUAAACCUUCCCACAAAAAUUUGUACUCCGUGCAAUUGGCCGGCGACGAGCCGCCCAUCUGCCUCUCGUGCCAGCUUCUCACCCCCGAGGGGAACCAUUGCACUUACGCGUACGCCUACUUCUCCGUGAACGGUUCGCACUACGCGUUGUAUUGCGCCGGCCCUGAUCCAGUGUUUGUCACGAUCAUGAACGCCAACCACAGGCAGAUCUUCAUUUGGGAGGAGAAUCGAUCGUUGAGGAGGAAGCUGGCCGGCCGCGCGCGUCCGAUCCUCAAGAAUCUUAACGUGAACGCGAACGGGUACACGAGCAAGGUGAAACUCUACCUGCCCCCUGAUUUCGACGAGAAGAAGAGGUAUCCCCUGUUGAUCAACGUCUACGCAGGGCCGAACACCGUUAGGAUCACGGAGGAGGCGACGUUCGGGUUCGAGGCGUACAUGGUGACGAACAGGAGCGUGAUUUAUGGGCGCAUCGACGGGCGCGGGUCGGCCUACAAAGGGAGCAAGAUGCUGUUCGAGAUCUAUCGGCGGCUCGGCACCGUCGAGAUCGAGGAUCAGAUCGCCGUCACGAGAACCCUGCAGCAGAGAUAUUCGUGGAUCGACUCGAACAGGACGGGGAUAUGGGGCUGGAGUUACGGCGGCUUCUCCACCGCCAUGGUGCUGGCCACCGACACCGAAUCGGUGUUCAAAUGCGGCAUCUCCGUUGCGCCUGUCACCUCCUGGAUCUAUUACGAUUCUUUGUACACGGAACGGUUCAUGGGCCUGCCCACCCCCGAGGACAACCUGAGCGGUUACAACGCCACGGACGUGAGCAGAAGGGUGGAGGGUAUCCGUGGGAAAAGGUACAUGCUGAUACACGGGACAGCGGACGACAACGUGCACUACCAGCAGAGCAUGGCGCUGAACAAGGCCCUGGUGAACAGCGACAUAAUGUUCCAGCAGCAGACCUACACGGACGAGGCGCACGCGCUCGGCAACGUCUUCCCCCAUCUCUAUCACACGAUGGACCGAUUUUGGGCCAACUGUCUGGGAUACUCGGUCGGAUACCACUGA